CUUCGUGGGCUGUGACAAUUACUGCCAGUUGUACCCACUGCAAGUGUCAUGUUCGAGCUUCACCAGUUAUUCACUGGGAACAAGUUGCUGACGAUGUUUGUUCGAGUGGUCUUCCUUCUCUAUUUGCCAGCAAUAUGUUUUUCAUUUGCUAUAUUUCCCAAUGAUGGCCAUGAGGCACAGCGACGACAGAACCCUGAGGAAAACAUGGUGAACUUGACAUAUAGUCAAGAUGAGGAACCUUGCUGGAUGGUGUAUUAUCCCUGCUGGAAUAGGCUCCUCGAGAACGUCGCCUUGAAGGGUCCAGAAGACAUCGUUGUUGAUGGGAAACUCGCUGUACAGUGCGAGUCAAACCUCCUGGAGGAAAGCCGGAACUGCGUCAACGCUAUCAGUCAGUGUAAUGAUGACGACGUCUUCUACAAGAUCAUGCAAAUCUUUCAGAGGAUAUGGGAUUUUCUUUGCCAACACAGUCAAGCCUUUGUAGCGGGGAAGGGUUGUUGGAGCAGCUCGGAGCUUCCCUCGGCGACUAAUGGUUGUAACGCUCCUUCGGGUGACGUAUGUUACUCUACCUGCAUCAGAGAAGCUAUGGCGAACAUGACCGAUUGCUCUACAGAAGAAUCCAUCCUUUUGGGUCGCCUGGCAGGGGUUAUGAUGGGACAAACAGAGGGAUCUUGCUAGAUUCAGUUCACGCAUCUCUCUGUGCAAGGGAAUCUCCACGUGUCCCAACGUUCACCGUUCACAUCUGAAAUCUUCAGAUGUUACCUGCACUCACAAGAAACCUUUCCUCUCCAUUGGAAGUCCGUGGAAUAAAGGCACCAGAUAGGGCUAUGAUCUGACUUUCAUUAUCGUUAGAAUUCAUUUUCUGGUGAAUUUUGGUUCUAUUUUGAAAAUAAACCUGAACUAAUAUCAGCAGAACAGGAAUCACAUACCAUAGCUGACUAAAUUGGAAAUGCAUUAAACUUCUAUAGAAAGCGUAACAGAAAUAGAUACAUUACAGUACAACUAUUGUAGAAUGAUGACAAUAUUUAUGGAUAUACAACUUCUUUGAGCUUGCUUGACAACAUUAGAAUUUAUGUCGAAACUCCCCCUUUCACGGAACCAAAGAAGUUGUAAAUCCAUAAAAAUUGUCAUCAUUCUUCAUAACCUCAACUUCUAAAAUGCCCAUCAAAGAAGAAACUAUCGUAGCAUUAAAUACGUUUCUGACAAUACGUCUUGCCAUUGUACCCGGCUGUUCUUGUUGGUAUUCACUAAAUCUGUUUAAUAAAGGCAUUUAUUAUUACAUUCCUACGUGUGUCACAUCUAGAGUUUACGUUUAGAUCCAUGCAUCUUCUGCCCUCUUAGCAGCAAAUGGCACAGAAAACACAUUUAAAUAUUAAUAUUUCUCAAAUAACAUAUUAUGAAUUUUGUGGUUUCGUUUGAAUAAAACAGAACAGAGUAAUUACAUAACAGGAAUUAUUGACCAUAAAAGACAAAAUUAUGAAUCCCCUAUAGGAAUUACACUCUACACACAAUACAGAUUCCAACUCCGUUUCUGUCAAUAUGUCUUGCUAUUGUACCAUGCCGUUCCUGGUGGCAUUUACUAAAUUUGUUUAAUAAAGGCACUAUCAAAUCUU